AUGGACCUUACAAUCCAGAUAUUUGACUUCAGGGAAGAAGAGAAGAAAGAUGAAGGGAAUUGGGGAGGAGAGUCCUACUCCCUCAGCGUCCUGAGACCAGAAGGCAUGAGGCAGCUCCAAGCCCUGGCCCUCUUCUUUCUCCUUCAUUUUGAAACAAAGAAAGCAGAGUCAACUAGAGCUUGUGGCCAGCCCCGAAUGCUGAACCGAAUGGUAGGAGGCCAGAAUGCCCAAGACGGGGAAUGGCCCUGGCAAGUCAGUAUCCAGAGGAAUGGGAGUCACUUCUGUGGCGGGAGCCUCAUAACAGACCAGUGGGUCUUAACAGCAGCUCAUUGCUUCUCUAAUACCUCGGAAACUUUCCUGUACAAGGUUCUCCUAGGGGCCCGGCAGCUGGUGAAUCCUGGACCUCAUGCCAUAUAUGCUCGAGUAAAGAGAGUGGAAAGCAAUCCCCAGUAUCAGGGCAUGGCCUCAAGUGCUGAUGUGGCCCUGGUCCAGUUGGAGGCUCCGGUGACCUUUACUGACCAUAUCCUGCCUGUGUGCAUCCCUGACCCUGAAGUCAAGUUUGAAGCAGGGAUGAACUGUUGGGUCACAGGCUGGGGCAGUCCCAGUGAGCAAGAUAACCUGCCUAGCCCCCAAAUUCUACAGAAGUUGGCUGUGCCCAUCAUCAAUAGACAGAAGUGUAACAUCCUCUAUAACAAGGACUCAGACAAUGGAGUACUACCCAAAACCAUCCAAGAUGACAUGUUGUGUGCUGGUUAUGCAGAAGGGAAGAAAGAUGCCUGCAAGGGCGACUCUGGAGGACCCCUGGUCUGCCACAUUGGUCAUUCUUGGCUCCAGGCUGGAGUGAUCAGCUGGGGAGAAGGCUGUGCCCGCCGUAAUCGCCCAGGAGUCUACAUCCGAGUUGCUUCCCAUCAUGCCUGGAUCCAUAGGAUCAUCCCAGAAUUGCAAUUCAAAUCUGGUUCCGAUAGGAAGAGAGGGCCUCGGGGUCAGCUGACAGAUCUGCCAAGCUUUGCUCCUGAACUGAUCGCCCACACCCUGCUACUCUGCCUCACUUUUCUGCUCACCUUUUGAGUGGAACUAGACCCACCAGAGCCAGGCAAGAGAGGUUUUGACCCCUGUAUUGCCCGCCCAUUUCCUGGUCUGCCCCUUUAGCUCAUGGGAAUGUGAACAAAGGGGAAUCUGCAAACUUCAGAUCCCAGACCCAGGAGCUAGUGAAAAGGACUCUACUCCCAUUUUACUAGGAGCAUGCUCCUUCUGGGCAGGCUGGCACUGCAGGGAGUCCUCAGGGCACCAUCUUCCCUUCACGAGCCAACCAACCAACCAAUGAUGUAUAUUUGUAAAUAUCUCUUCUGUUCCUCAUAAGCCUAUUUUUAUUAUAUUCACCCAUUAAUAAAACCUAUACUCUCCAUUCCUGGAUGCCUCAGCUUGAGACAGGAUACCUGGGAUCUGAGGAGAGAAUCAAGAGGGCAGGUCCUAUGUAAUGUGGGAUGAUCUGGGGAUAUGGGGGGUGGGGGGGAAGAGAAGCAGUAGCACUAGGAAAAGGUGAGGGAGGUAUCGCAGAAGCAGUGCUGUAUUUAGGAAACCUGAAGAUUUGGGUGAGCCCAUUCUGACUUAGUGUGCAACUGUGGGUAAAACAUUUUAUCCCUCUGUACCUCAGUUUCAUCAUCUGCAACAUGAGAAUUAUUCACAGGUCAGUUGUGAGGAAAAUGCUUCCUAAAUUUUAAAGCACUGUAAAAAACAAUAUUAUUACUAUUAUCUGGGGAGAUGAUACCUGGGUCUGAACAGAAGAGGAAGGAACCAGAACAGUGACUGAGUCAGGAGCCCCCGAGUCCUGGAUCCAGAGAGCCUAGAAAAGAGCUAGAAAAUAAGAUAAAUGGUUUCUAAGGGGAUUGCAGGUAUCUAAUGGCCUACCAGCAAAAGUCACCGACCUAAAUCUGAAGGUGAUUCAGUGGCAAGCCAAGUUGUGACAUGUGGUACAUGUCCCUCAUGUGGUCCCUCAAGAAAGGGAGGAACCAAGAAGAGCCCUAGGUGGUGGCCCAAACAGAAGAGGGUUGGGUCCCCCAGCAAAUAAAAGGCUCUAGCAAACUAUAGGGUUUCAGUUCUCCAGUGAAAUGAAAUUGGAAUAAACUCUAAGGGCCCAAUACCCACAUAAUCUGUGAAUUUUUGGUUUUGG